UCCUAACUUUCUCCACCCCCAACCCCACGCUUGCUGAUCACAACCCCAGGCUGCAACCACAGAGCAUUUUAGUGCUCCUGAGCCUUCUGAAGUUUCACCUGGGUUGCAGUCCUCAGCCAUUAACCUUUGUGUGGCAGUGCCCUUUUGAACUUAUCUGUAAAAAUGAAUCCAGUUGUUACCCAGCCAGGAUAUGGCAUGGGGGGUACUGUGAUGACGAGUGACUGGCAAACUGGCGCAUUUGACUGCUGCGGUGACAUAGGGAUUUGCCUUUGUGGAACUUUCUUUCCCCUGUGUCUGUCAUGUCAGAUUGCCUCUGACAUGAAUGAAUGCUGCCUGUGUGGAGCAAGUGUCGCCAUGAGGACCAAGUAUCGAACUCGAUACGGCAUCCCGGGAUCUAUUUGCAGUGAUUUCUUAAUGCUGUCUUGUUUCCCUCAAUGUGUCCUUUGUCAACUCAAACGAGAUAUUGAGAAAAGAAAAGAAAUGAAUGCUUUCUAAAAGAUGCUUGGUAAAAUUUACUUUGUGGUGAAAGAAAAUGCUGGAAUGAAACACAACUUUUAUUAAAUGCUAUCUCAUCUCAAAUCUUAGAAAUUAAUUCAAUUAAUCAUCUGGUUUCACAUGGCUUCAAAAUAUUUCAAUUUGCAGUUUAUUUUGAAAAAUAUUUCCAGUCCUGUUCUCUAAAAUGACUGCCAUUAAAACAAUUAAUUUCCUCAAUAAUUUUUAUGUCUUUUAAUACUGCUUCAUGGGAAAUUACAAUAUUCUUCUUUUAAAAAUGAACCCAAGGUUGUCUAAAUGUCAACGUUGAAUAAUGGGUACAUGGAGAUUCUCUAUUCUAUUUUUCUACCUUUAUAUAUGUUUGAAAAUGUCCACAAUAAAAGAUUUUUUAAAAUGUUA